AUGUCUGAAUUUAAUUACUCAGGACGUUACACCUUGUCAAGAAAUGCUAAUUAUUAUAUUACUGUUAGUACGGAAUGCUUUGUUGCUGAAGAGGAAAUGCCGGCGGCCACUGCUGCAGAUCCAAGCGCUGAGCAAAAGGAGCGGCUCAUUGCAGCCGUCAAGAAGGAGGUUAAACAGUUAAUGGAAGAGGCUGUUACACGAAAGUUCGUCCACGAAGAUAGUGGCGGCGUGACUGCGUUGUGCGGAGCAGUCGAAUCUUGUCUUGGCCAGGGUUUGCGGCGCCGGGCGCUCGGUCUUUUCAAGACCAGUUCUACAACUGCUCUUCUACACAAAAUUGCCAAGGUAAGUGAAAGUGUAGGCUGUGGACAUCAAUAUGGAAUGUAUGGAGAUAAAAUUAUAACUACAAAUUCAAAUUUAAUUUAUGGUACAAAUAUAAACGAGAGUCUACUGAUAAUGAUAUGCAUAUUAUUGGGCUAUAGCAUACUGCUCGAAUACAGUACCCGCAUCCGAGCCGAACCGGUGUCAUUGACAUGGGACUUAUAUCAUUUAAAUUAA